AUGGCGAUCAAGCACAACAACCAGAUUCAGAAGAACCACUUCCGCAAGGACUGGCAGAAGCGUGUGCGCGUGCACUUCGACCAGCCCGGCCGGAAGCACCGUCGUCGUGAGACCCGUAUCGCCAAGGCUGCCACCGUUGCUCCUCGCCCUGUCGACAAGCUGCGUCCCGUCGUCCGCUGCCCUACCAUCAAGUACAACCGCCGUGUUCGUGCUGGCCGUGGCUUCACCCUUGCUGAGCUGAAGGAGGCCGGCAUCCCCAAGAAGCUCGCCGGUACCGUCGGUAUCUCGGUCGACCACCGCCGCACCAACUACUCUAAGGAGUCCCUGGUCGCCAACGUCGCCCGCCUGAAGGACUACAAGGCCCGCCUGAUCCUCUUCCCCCGCAAGAGCGGUCAGUUCAAGAAGCUCGACUCCUCCGCCGAGGACGUCAAGGCCGCCAAGGCUGGUGAGGGUAUCGCCACCCGCGUCGGUGCCUCCUUCCCCAUCGUCAACCCCGCUGUUGAGGCCGCCAUCUCCGAGGUCAAGCGUGACGCCCUUCCCGAGGGUGAGAAGGCUGCUUACCGCCGUCUGCGUGAGGCCCGCGCUGAGGCUCGCUACGCCGGCCAGCGUGAGAAGCGUGCCCGCGCCAAGGCUGAUGAGGAGGCCGCCGCCAAGAAAUAA